AUGAUUAUAACUUGUGCUUUUAAUAUAAGAUUACUAAUCUCUAUUUUGGGGUCAUAUGCAAGCACGGAGAAGAGGUGCUUCCAUUGUUGCGCUCUCUUUGCGUUCACAAAUCGAGCUUCAGCGCAGACUAUUCACAGUUCUUGCUCUAGCUCUAGUUUCAGAUUCACACGGCUUCUUUUCUCUUACAUAUACAUUUUUCUACAUUGUUCAUCACCCCUUCAGGAAUUAACUGUUUCUAAAGUCGAGUCAGUAGUUCGGGGAUCAUCGUCACAUUCCACUAAUCAAUCUCGAAAUCUGCGGGUCAUUGAGUUUAAUCAACCGUCAGCUUGUCCAUUAAAUCAUUCAAGAUUCACUACGAAUCCGCAGAGAUUCAUUGAGGAAUUUAAACAGAGGUUUUUUGAUGCAUUUUAUCUAUAUAGUUUCAAGAAUCGGAGAGAUUUAAGUUAUAGAUUAGGAGAUGGCCUGACUAUCGAGAAGAAUUUUGAUAAUGCCCUUGGGAUUGAAGAGAAUACUGAUGGCGCUUCUUCCACCUCUCAAGGUUUAUGGUCUACUGAUUUAAUGUCAUUUAUGGGCCCAAAAGAUGAUGAUGAUGAGGAUAAUGAUACCAAGUCCUCGGAAAAUCCUGAUCCUUUAGAAAAAAAUGAAUCUUCAAAUCAUCCAUCUUCUUCACAGGAAAAUGAAAUGGCUGAAACUGAUGAUCAAGUUAAUGUUGAAACUUCAAAGCUUGAAGAACAUCAGACUCACCCCUUGGAAACAAAUAAUCCACUUUUAGAGGAAGCAAACAUCAGGAACGAAAAGUCAGUUGAAACAGAUGUUGAAAAAUCUGAAGAGGCAGUUACCAUUGACAAGGAUCAAAGUGAAACGAGUGAUAAUUUGCAAGCAGAAGCAGGUGUUGACCAUGUUGACCAUUCUGAGUCAACCAAUUCUGAAGAUCAAGUUGCAGGUACUUCCUCGGACCCAAAUGAGGUGAACACAAUUGUUAAUCUUCAGAAAACUGAAGAUGAAGUUAAGACACAAGAAGAAGAUUCUGAUGGGCAAACUGGAAAUGGGACACGUCAGCAUGAAGCUCAAUCUGCCACAUCUGAUGUGGCGAGCAUACAAGUUUCAGAUGAAGCUUCUGAGGUGGUUUCAAAUGAUGCCAUAAAAGAACAAGAGAUGAUUUCAGGAAUCAAUGAAGAUUCAGUGGUUGAGCUGGAGAAAGUGAAGAGGGAGAUGAAAUUGAUGGAAACUGCACUUUUAGGAGCUGCUAAACAAGCUCAGACGAAAGCUGAUGAAAUUGAAAAACUGAUGAAUGAAAAUGAGCAAUUGAAGUCUCUGCUUGAGGAUCAAAUGAGAAAAUCAAAUGAAGCUGAAAUCGAGUCUCUAAGAGAAGAGUAUCAUCAGAAGGUCUCCACUCUUGAAAGAAAGGUUUAUGCUCUCACAAGGGAAAGAGAUACCCUACGUAGAGAGCAAAAUAAAAAAAGUGAUGCUGCUGCCCUUCUUAAGGAAAAAGAUGAAAUCAUCACUCAAGUUAUGGCAGAAGGUGAAGAACUCUCAAAGAAACAAGCAGCUCAAGAAUCUCAAAUCAGGAAACUACGUGCACAGAUCAGAGAAUUUGAAGAAGAGAAAAAGGGGUUGACAACAAAGCUACAGGUUGAAGAGAACAAGGUGGAGAGUCUAAAGAGGGACAAGUUAGCGACAGAGAAUCUCCUCCAAGAAACAAUAGAGAAAAACCAGUUUGAACUUUCAACUCAAAAAGAAUUUUACACAAACGCAUUGAAUUUAGCCAAAGAAGCGGAAGCAAUAGCACAAGCACAGGCAAACAAUGAAGCCAGAUCUGAAUUAGAGUCUAAAUUAAAGGAAUCAGAAGAACGUGAAACAAUGCUCAUUCAAACCCUAGAAGAAUUAAGACAAACUUUAAGCAGAAAAGAGCAACAAACAGAUUUUAGAGAAGAUAUGCUAAGACGAGACAUUGAAGACCUUCAACAACGAUACCAGGCGAGUGAACGUCGAUGUGAAGAGUUGAUUACGCAAGUUCCAGAAUCUACUAGACCUCUUUUGAGACAGAUUGAAGCUAUGCAGGAAACAACGUCUAGAAGGGCAGAAGCUUGGAGUGCUGUGGAGAGAUCGCUAACAUCACGUCUUCAGGAAGCGGAGUCGAAAGCUGCGGCUUCAGAAGAAAGAGAGCGUUCUAUGAGCGAACGGUUGUCCCAAACUUUGUCUCGCAUUAAUGUUCUAGAAGCUCAGAUUUCGUGUUUGAGAACUGAACAAACACAGCUAACGAGAUCACUUGAGAAGGAAAGACAGAAAGCAGGAGAAAGUCGGCAGGAUUAUUUGGCGUUGAAAGAGGAGGCGGAUACACAUGAAGGUCACGUGAGUCAGCUUCUAGAAGAAAUAAAGGAACUCAAAAGGAAACAUAAGGAAGAUUUGCACGAAGCAUCGACUCACCGUCAACUUUUACAGCAGGAUAUAGAACGUGAAAAGGCUGCUCGUUUGGAGUUGGAAAAGGCAGCUCACCUUGCUGAGCAAAAUCCGUUACUCAGAACAAACUCGAAUUUUGAGAAUGGUUUGAGGCGUGGAGUUUCAAGUGCCAAUAGUUUAAGUAGCAUGGAGGAAAGUCAUUAUCUACAGGCGUCUUUGGACUCAUCUGAUAGUUUAUCAGAAAGAAGAAAUCCCGGAGAGGCUACAAAUACAAAUACAAUGAGUUCGUAUUAUUUAAAGAGUAAAACACCAAAUGCAUUUGAAGCUGCUCUUCGACAAAAGGAGGGUGAACUUGCAUCUUAUAUGUCUAGACUGGCGUCUUUGGAAUCCAUUCGGGACUCUCUGGCUGAAGAGUUGGUUAAAAUGACUGCAGAGUGUGAAAAAUUACGGUCAGAGGUGUCUCAGCUGCCCGGAAUGAAGGCAGAGCUAGAAGCACUGAGACGCAGGCACUCCGCUGCACUGGAGUUGAUGGGUGAACGCGAUGAGGAGCUUGAAGAGCUUCGGGCUGAUAUCGUGGACUUGAAGGAGAUGUAUAGAGAGCAAGUAAACGUUCUUGUAAAUAAGAUCCAGGGGCCGAGUUCAUCAAUUGGUGCUGCUGCCUAAAUAAGGGAGAAGAAAAUACAUACCAACUUUUUACUUGCAGAAUGAUAUGCUAAUGUUUUGUGAUGAGUUCCAGAGCUCAUAUGUUUUGUAACUUUAAUUCAUAUGAAUAAUAGAAAAUGACAAGCUUGAUAAUUUCAACACCCAA